CAUCAAGAUGAUUGGAAAAUCGUUGAAAUUUAUGCUUUUUAUUCAUGCAUUUGUGAGAUGUGCGAGCGCAUCAAAGACAUCAAAAUUCUUGAGAGUGUCUAACGCGAUAAACAUGCCAUAUUUGGAAAUGUCAAGCAGAUCUGCAAAGGGCCUUCCAUCGUGCGCUUUACUUUGCAGCGAUGACUGUUGGUAUCUGAAGUAUGAGGACGAUGGAUCUGGCUCAGGCACAUGUGACCUGUACAAACUAAGGGACACGCGCGACACGAAUUUAAAAUUUGUGAAUAUUUCAAAUACUUACAAAAAGGUAGAGCCAAGCGCCAGAAAAUACAUUGGAAUUACCAGGAUUUACAGCUGGCAAGUAGCACAAGACAACUGUGAAAGGUUUGGUGGAAAAUUGGCCGCCGCAGAAACAACAUCCCAGCUGAACGCUAUCAGAGCCAUCCCCGUGAGCCAAUGGUUAUGGUUGGGUGCGAGAAGAAACGAGAGUGGGUGGUUCUGGCUCUCUGGUGUUGCUAUGGAUACAACGCCUGCGUACAACGCAGAAGGCGGUUGUCUGUAUCUGUAUGAAGGAAACAAGAUUGAUGCCGGUUGUGAAGGCGGUCACUACUCAGUCUGUGAAUUGCAGUUUUAGCAUUGUUAUCAGACUGGUGAAAAGGGUUUGUGAAUAAUAUGUGUGAGUCGAAGGUUCUACAUCCUCUCUUGUGUGAAGAAAAACAACAUAUUUAUAUACGGAAACUUGCAAUGUACUUUUAUAAUUCAGCAAAACAUUGUUGGAAUCUGCUAUUUAUUUUUGUAUAAUGUAUUUGCUUUGCAUAUUUAGUAAAAGGUAGCUGCAUUUGUUCUUAAUUCCACAUAAAUGUUUCGAUGUUCAUGUAUUUGAUAAAAUCUCAUGUAACUUAAACGCUGGGGACAGUUUAUUUAUAUUCAACUUAAUAAUUCUCAUAUGUCUAUACUAAAUACAAAACAAAUGAUUGAGACAUUAUGCUGAUUCUCUGACAUUAUAUUG